UUUUUGAGAGCUUUAUCCUUUCUGAUAAUAACUUUUUUGUUGUUGCGUGAACUUUGGAAUCUGACAGGGAAAAAGUCCAAAGGUUUGUGGGACAGAUGACCAAAGUCUAAACCUUUGCCACAAAAUGAGUGAAAGUUCAACGGGUGAAGAUUCAGAUGGUGGCCUAGGUGACAGCUCAAAUCAGACACUUUCAGAACCUGACCCGCUGAAUGUUCAGACCCUGGGCGGCGCGGCCCAGAGCCUGCCGUCCCCGACGAGUGACAUCCUCAGUCAGUUCUGUGCCAUCUGCGGGGACCGGGCCACGGGCAAGCACUACGGUGCCGCCAGCUGUGAUGGCUGCAAGGGCUUCUUCCGCCGCAGCGUCAGGAAGAACCACGUUUAUACGUGCCGCUUCAACCGCAACUGCAUCGUCGACAAGGACAAGCGCAACCAGUGUCGCUACUGUCGACUCAAGAAGUGCUUCAGAGCCGGGAUGAAAAAAGAAGCAGUGCAGAACGAGCGUGACCGGAUCAGUGUGCGAAGAACUAGUUACGAAGACAUCGCUCAGAACGGGAGUCUGUCCGUCAGUACGUUACUCAACGCGGAGGUUCUGUCCAGACAGGUGACGACCCAGUUGACGAUCGCGGACCUCACCAACAAGAAAGUGGCCGAGGUUGAUGAUGUGUGUGAGUCGAUGAAGCAGCAACUCCUCAUCCUCGUCGAGUGGGCCAAAUACAUACCCUGCUUCUGUGAACUACCUCUAGAUGACCAGGUGGCACUACUACGAGCUCACGCUGGUGAACAUCUGGUUCUUGGAGUAGCACAUCGCUCACUUUCGCUCAAUGACAUCUUGUUGCUAGGCAACGAUGCCCUCAUUCCUCGAAACACCACCGACGUGGACAUAGGACGCGUGUCCUGCAGGAUUCUUGACGAACUCGUGAGACCGCUACGCGAAGUGCAGAUUGACGAUACAGAGUUCGCUUGUUUAAAGGCAAUAGUGUUUUUUGAUCCAGAUGCACGUGGUCUGAGUGACGUCCAGAAGAUCAAGGCGUUCCGGUACCAGGUGCACAUGAACCUGGAGGACUACAUCAACGACAGGCAGUAUGACACACGGGGGCGGUUCGGCGAGAUCCUCCUCCUCCUGCCCGCCCUGCAGAGCAUCACCUGGCAGAUGAUUGAACAGAUCCAGUUCGCCAAGCUCUUCGGCAUGGCCAAGAUCGACAACCUACUGCAGGAAAUGUUACUGGGAGGAGCCAACACAGAAGCUGCUGCAAAUGGCUCUACGUCAUCUGGGUCAAUUUCGCCAUCAAUAUCCAGUCCCUCCAGCUUCCCCGACGCUUUGAAUUCCAUCUCCCACUCGGGGGAGAACAUCCAGAUGGCCCACCCUGUUGAGCCGAUGCACCUCACCCCAACCCACCCUGGCAGCAUGAGUCCCACAGCUCCAACGUCAAGCCUCGACCAAGUCCAUAUGAUGCAGCAGCAACAACAACAACAACAGCAGCCGCAGCAGCAGCAGCAGCAACAACAACAACAACAGCAGCAGCAGCAACAACAGCAACAACAGCAGCAGCAGCAGCAACAACAGCAGCAGAAUACACAGACUGGGAUGUCACAGCAUCUUGAUAUCACCGAGCCCCUAUCUCUGAUCGUUAAUCAGUGUAGCGACUCGAGCAUGGCCUUCCAGGAAGAUGCAUCCCCCAUACCCUCUCCCCACACCAUGCCCAGCCUGACGGAACAGUAUAAAGUGACCCCGGUUUCACAGCAUUUUAAACAGGAGGUUAUGUGAUGACAGUAUAUUUUACAUAGGAGGUUAUUGACAAUAACAGUGAUUUCAUAACAUUGUGAACAAGAAGUUGUGUGAUCAAGAGGUUAGUAUCGCAACAUUUUAAACAGGAAGUCACGUGAUGAUGAAUCCAGUUUCAUAUUUUAGACAGACAGUCUUUGUGAUCAUGUCGCUGGUUUUUCGCAACAUUUUAAACAGAAUAAUCAUAUGACCAUGUAUCCAGUUUGACCUUUGAGAUGGGAAGUCAUGUGACUGGCACUGGUUUUGAAACCUAUUGAAGAGGAAAUCAUGGGAUUGUGACGCCCAUUUUGAAAACAAUAUUUAAACAGGUCAUGUGAUCGGAACAAAAAUAUUGACAAUUAAAUUAAGGAAAUCAUAUGACCUCGAAUUCAGUUUUAUUUUUCAAACAGAAAGUCAUGUGACUGUGGCACUGGUUUUGAAGAAGAAAUCAUGUGAUCGUGAUGCCCAUUUUGAAAAAUAUUUAAACAGGUCAUGUGUUCAGAACAAAAAUGUUGACAUUUUAAUUAAGGUCUUCCAGUAAUACAGUGAAAGUUGAUAUGAUGGAAAAGAACUAUUUGUAUGUGACGGUGUGCCUUAGAAUACUGAAAACAUUUCAAGAAAGUUAGAUGAGUUGUUAAGGAAUAGUGAUGUUGUUAAGUAAAACACACUUUGUUAAGGAAUAUAUUUUCAUGACUUGUUAUAUAGAGCAAUUUGAUAUGUCAUCAAUGCACUUUGUUUCCAAUUUGUCUAUAGUUAUUAAACCUGUUUGUAACAGCCACUCAUAUGGACCACCCGGUUGUGGCUAUUAUGAUGUGGUGGCCUUUAUAUUGAGGUAAAGUAAGUUUAUAUGUAGUCUAACCUGUCUUUAGUGACCAUUCAAGCAUCCUAACUUUAUUAGUUCCCAACCGGUUCAACCAGAGGGGACUACAGGUUUAAUGUCUGUCUGUCUGUCUGACUUUCUGUCUGUCUGUCCAUCUUUCCCACAUAUUGUUUUCUGGACUUUUUUUUCGCAAUGCCUCGAGAUAUUGAGCAGA